AAUAGAUCAACAGCAUUAAAGGAGUAGAAGCGAAGCUGAACUUCCAGGAUGAAGAUCAUCCUCCUGAUCACCCUGUACCUUAUCUCAGGUACAGUGGGUCACUCUGAUGUGAUUGGAUACUUAGGUGGACGUGUUAUGAUACUCUCAGAUCUGCAAUGGGAUUUAGGAGUUACUAAAUCUAUUCGUAAACUAGGACAAAGGCAUUGGGAUUAUAUAAUAAACAAAAGCUCCAACAGAAGUUAUGUUUAUACAGAGAGAUUCAUGUUGUUUAGAAAUGAUCAAGGUUUGCUGAGAUUGUUGAUCACAAACUUGAAGGAACAGGACGCAGGAACAUACAGGAUUGGAGUCGGCAAUCAGAGCAGUUACAACGUGACACUGGAUGUUCGAAAAGAUCCUUAUUACAGGGAGCCAAAAACAACAAGCUUUAACCAAGGACAAAAUAUCAGCAUCAUCUGUAAAUAUCCUCUGGAGUUUAAGGAAUUUAACAAGUAUAUUUACAAAGAGGAUCAUGACAAUCUCGUUAAAGAUGUUCGGGCUAUUAUAGCAAAUUUUUCAAAGACCAGAUUUUUACUUUCGUAUGAUAGAAGUGCUGAAGUUCUCAGCUUAAACAUCAGUGACAUGAGAGAAGCUGAUGGAGGAGUUUAUUUAUGUGGUGUGAUGAACAAAGAGCAGCAAGUGCUGUAUUACUCCUUCUUCGAACAGAUUCAGUUACAUAUUACAGAUCCUGAAUCUGUCAUCAUCAGUGUGUGUGUCUGUGUGGCUCUGCUGCUGUGUGGAGGAUUUGCCCUGAUGCUUUACAUAUUGAUAUACAAAAGAACACAAGACUCUGCAUGUUCAUCCAAGAGGAGGCUCAUAGACAAUAUACAGAUUUAUGAGAACGACCUGGCUAACCUACAUGUGUAUGAAAACACAUUUACAAGCCAAUCGGAUUCAAGGUACCAAAGACUGGAUCCCCUCACCAACCAAUCCGAUUCAGGCUAUGCGUCUCUGACUAACAUCGCCGACCGAUCACAUUCACACUACCAGUGUCUGAAUCCUAGAACUCUGACUAACUCUAUUUACCACACUCUUCAGUUUUAGUGUUUAUUGUAUCAUUUAUUUCUUUUAUUCCCAUUAUGAUACUUGAUUUUGAUCUAACAGUACAAGAUUUUUUUCUAUACAACUAUUUAGAAACCUAUCUCAUUAUCCAAAGAUCAGUUAUAACAUCUUAAAGUCAGUCAUACAGUUAUUGACUGUAUGCUAAAUAAAUGUUAGUAUUGUAAGUGAAAUCGCACAGUAAGUGAAAUUUGAUUGUAAAUUGACCUAAAGACAAAAACAAAAACAACAACAACAGGCAAAUUGUCUACUUUAAUAAUGUCAGUUUUAAAUUCUUUCUCUGUGGAUAUUACACUGAUCUAAGCUUCAUGCUAUUCUCCUAGGAACUAAGGUUAAUAUGGCUGGUUCUUAUAUAACAUUAUGUAUAUUAAUAAUGUG